AUGGCUUCCAACGAACCCACCAAGGCUAAGGCUACCAAGAAAGCUAUUGCUAAGCCUACUUCGGGAACUAGCCGUGACUUGCUGAAAGAGAGGCUCGAAUUCGUACUUACCUGUAUUGAGGUGACAGGAAUUAAGAUCGACUUUCCUGCUGUUGGCCAACACUAUGGCAUCUCCACUAAUGCAGCGAAAAAACGUCUUCAGCGUGCCAAGGAUCAUGUCGCUAAGCUUGUGGAGGCUAGAGAGGCAGCCCAGCUGGAUGAUAAUAAAGCCGUUGAAACCACAGAGGAUGAGGAGACCUGA